CUUUCCUUGUCUCCUUGGCAGAUCACCGUGGAGUAACAAGUAUGAUCCUCCCCUGGAAGACGGUGCCAUGCCAUCUGCUCGCCUGCGCAAGCUGGAGGUGGAAGCCAACAAUGCCUUUGACCAGUAUAGAGACUUGUAUUUUGAAGGUGGAGUCUCCUCUGUCUACCUCUGGGAUCUGGAUCAUGGUUUUGCCGGUGUGAUCCUCAUUAAGAAAGCUGGAGAUGGAUCAAAGAAGAUUAAGGGAUGCUGGGAUUCCAUCCACGUGGUGGAGGUUCAGGAGAAAUCCAGCGGUCGUACUGCUCAUUACAAGCUGACCUCCACAGUGAUGCUGUGGCUGCAGACUAAUAAAACUGGUUCUGGUACCAUGAACCUUGGUGGGAGCCUUACCAGACAGAUGGAGAAAGAUGAGACCGUGAGCGACUCUUCUCCACACAUAGCCAAUAUUGGACGCUUGGUAGAGGACAUGGAAAACAAAAUCAGAAGUACACUGAAUGAGAUUUAUUUUGGAAAAACAAAGGACAUCGUGAAUGGGCUGAGAUCUAUUGAUGCAAUCCCCGACAACCAAAAGUAUAAGCAGUUGCAGAGAGAACUUUCUCAAGUGUUGACCCAGCGCCAGAUCUACAUCCAGCCUGAUAACUAAACCAAUCCAGGUACCCUGCCAGGUCUGUGCAGACUUUUGCAGACAAAUCAAAACAAGAAGCUCUUAAAAAUGACCUGGUGGAGGCUUUGAAGAGAAAGCAGCAAAGUUAAAGUACUCUUCAUGCUAACAAGACAUGCCAUGCACUCGUUAGAUUCCUUUCUUAGAAAACUCAUCCCCCCGACCUUUUCUGUUACGUCACGUCACAAUUUGCAUUCAAUACUAUUCAUGCAACGCCAUCUUCUCCCCAUGAAUAAAGCUGUACAAACUUUUUCA